AUGGCUUCUGAAUCCAAUUCUCAGCUGAGCGAAUCUUGGGUGGUCGAGGACGAAGGGGAUGAGAGAAUCAGUUGGGAAGAACACUCUGCAGAGUCGGAGUACGGCGAAGAACCAAAAGUCGCAGUCCCAGACGAGGAGGACCCCAAAAUGACGAGAGCAAUUCGGGAGAGACGCAAGUCUCCCAGACUAUCCACGCCGACAGCACCAGAACCGGAAUUCAUCAUGCCGUCUCUGUCAACCAGCAUCAAUCCACCAGAGAAGAUUGUCCGGAGGGGGAGACCGCCUGCCACGACCAAGGUCGCUUCGGCAAAGCAGCAGACAGCACCAAUACGCUCAGGUCGGUCGAAUCAAACACAAGCGCACAAAACCACGACGUCGCCAGUGGUGGACAAGAUAGUCCUGGUCCUGGUGCAUGCCACGGAAUGGCUGCUGGACAUCCUAGGGCAGGCGCUGAAGACCUUGAAGCGGCCCAUCUCUUGGCUUCUUGCGGCAUAUCUCUUCUUCGGCAUGUUGAUGCUUUUGCAAAACCUCUUAACGACCUCCAUUUAUACGGCUCUGUCCCCCAUAUGCCGCAUUCCCGGCGUGUCUCUUCUCGAUCUUCCACUCUGUCAGUUUGCCUCACCCAACAAUGACAAACCGACUCUUCCAGACGGGACUUCGGCUCCUGUCGAGUUCGACGCGCUUAUGAAGACGCAAUCCCAUUUCGAAGAGAUCUUGUCUGAAUCUGCAGCCGGUGUCGCUUUACCUUUGGACAUGAAACGAUCCGAGACUUCGAUUCGCGACCUACGGCAGAUUGUGCGGUAUUCGCAGCUCGCCUCACGCAACGAAAUGGUUCUCGAAUUCGAUGGGUUCAUCGAGACCGCUCGGAUGGCAUCAUACGACCUCCAGAAAUUCAAUUCGCACGUCGGUCGCGGUGUGGACAUUGUUCUGAGCACAGCGCGUUGGACGCAACGGGUGCUCGACGACAUGGCGGUCAAGCAAUCUUCUCGAGGCAUCAUCCCGGGGUUCAUACAGGACAAACUGCUGGCCCCUUUCAAACCGGUGGAAUUCACCGAAGCAAGGCUUCUCGACCAAUACAUCUCGCACACACGGAUAGUCUCCGAAGAGAUCGAGCGUCUGAUCGAAGAGGCCCAAGCUUUGCUCUUGGUUCUGCAGAACCUCGAAGAUCGGCUCGACGUGAUCCACGCCAUCGCACUGCGCGACAACAUCGCCGCCCAGGCUGGCAAGGACGAAAUCCUGUCGCAUCUCUGGACUCUGCUGGGCGGCAAUCGCGCCAAGCUGGGCAAGUACAACAACCAACUGACUCUCCUAAGACAAGUGGGCCAGUAUCGGAAAGUCGCAUGGGCGCAUGUCUCUGCGACGAUCCUCAAGCUACAGGCCAUGGGCGCCGAGCUGGAGGAGUUGCGCACCCGGGUGUCGAGUGCCGAAGUGUUGAGAGGGCAUAAGGAGAUCCCGCUCGCGGUGCACGUGGAAAAUAUAAGGCUGGGAGUGCAGAGGCUUGAAGAGGGCAGGGAGAAGGCCAGACGGCUUGAGCAAGGUCAUGUUCGAAGGGUUAUUGAAGGCGCCGAGCAAGGGAAUGUCAUGGCGUUGGGAGACACUUAA